CCAUUGGCAUAUAUAGAUUAAGGAAGCCCUCCUUACUUCAUUAUAUUAUAUGCUAUAUUUGAUGUUUCUUGUUGCAGUUUCACUAAUACCUUAACUGGUCUAGCUGCUAAUGAUGUAGUUCUGAGAACUACUGCAAGAUUGGAAUCACUUCAUUCUGAGGGAGUUCAUAGACUGUCUGAAAUGUGCUGUUUUGCUGUGUCCCAACUUCUAGUGUUUGGAAAAUCCAUCAUUUCUCGUGCCAAUAAGACUGAGGAUGAAGCAGAUGAUGAUAAGGCACACAUUGAGUGGCCGGAAGACGUUACUGCAAAAGCGAAUAUCAUAAGAGUAAAUGCCCAAACAAUGAUAGGAUAUGUGGAAGCAGUUUCUAACAGUUUUAUUACAGGCAUAUCUGAUGUAGCGGAGGCCUAUCAAGCUGCCAUUAAAGCUGUUACUUCUGAGUCUCAGUCAGUUGUUCCCCACGCAUCAUCAGUUCAGGAAAAAGCCAAUGCCUUCUCUGAGAACCUUCGAGCUGAUCAAACCACAGCAGUAAUCAAAAUCCAGGAAGGAAUGCAAUUUUUAGCUCACGUUCUCAUUUCAACCUCAAUGAAUGCUGCUUGAACACUUAUACGUUCCUAUUUGUAAAUAGUCACAGUAUAAUUAUAAAAAUGGUACUCCACUCAACUAUGCUAUAGUUUAAGUCGGUUUUAGACUUAGUGACUGGGGCAAGUUUGUCCUGAUAAAUUGAUUCUUGCAACCGAUUUAUUCUUUAAUUCCUCAAUUCAGUCUAUCAUAUAUGAAGAGAUUUUAGAUAUGCACUCGUGUUACACAUUUUUAAUCAAUUAUUCGCCGUCA